GUGACCCCUCACAGAACUUGCCCAUUGAAAGCAAACCCAGAACAGCUGGAUAAUGUCCACUCCGAGCAGAUUCAAAAAGGACAAAGAGAUCAUCGCCGAGUAUGAAAGUCAAGUCAAAGAAAUUCGAGCUCAACUGGUAGAACAACAGAAAUGCCUGGAGCAGCAGACAGAGAUGAGAGUUCAGCUUCUGCAGGACCUGCAAGAUUUCUUCCGGAAAAAAGCCGAAAUUGAGACGGAUUAUUCUCGGAACCUAGAAAAGUUAGCAGAAAGAUUCAUGGCCAAAACAAGAAGCACUAAGGAUCAUCAACAGUACAAGAAAGACCAGAACUUAUUGUCUCCAGUGAACUGCUGGUAUUUGCUCCUGAACCAAGUGAGGCGAGAAAGCAAAGACCACGCCACCUUGAGUGACAUCUAUCUGAACAACGUGAUUAUGCGGUUCAUGCAGAUAAGUGAGGAUUCCACCAGGAUGUUUAAAAAGAGCAAAGAGAUUGCAUUCCAGCUUCAUGAGGAUUUGAUGAAGGUUCUCAAUGAGCUGUAUACGGUGAUGAAAACAUACCAUAUGUAUCACGCUGAGAGCAUCAGUGCAGAGAGCAAACUGAAGGAGGCUGAGAAACAAGAAGAGAAGCAGAUUGGCAGGUCUGGUGAUCCAGUCUUCCAUAUUAGACUGGAAGAGAGACAUCAGCGGCGAAGCUCGGUGAAAAAAAUUGAAAAAAUGAAGGAAAAAAGACAAGCAAAAUAUUCAGAAAACAAGCUUAAAUCAAUUAAGGCACGGAAUGAAUAUCUCCUAACCCUUGAAGCAACCAAUGCCUCAGUUUUCAAGUAUUAUAUUCAUGAUCUUUCAGAUUUAAUUGAUUGCUGUGAUCUUGGCUACCAUGCAAGUCUAAACAGAGCCCUGAGGACGUAUCUCUCUGCGGAGUAUAACCUUGAAACCUCCAGACAUGAGGGCUUAGACAUUAUUGAGAAUGCAGUUGACAAUUUGGAGCCCAGGAGUGAUAAGCAGAGAUUCAUGGAGAUGUACCCUGCUGCGUUCUGUCCACCAAUGAAGUUUGAGUUUCAGUCUCACAUGGGUGAUGAGGUGUGUCAGGUCAGUGCCCAGCAGCCAGUCCAAGCAGAGCUCAUGCUCAGGUACCAGCAGCUGCAGUCCCGCCUGGCCACACUCAAGAUCGAGAACGAGGAGGUUAAGAAAACGACUGAGGCCACCCUGCAGACAAUACAGGAUAUGGUCACUAUCGAGGACUACGAUGUUUCUGAAUGCUUCCAGCACAGUCGCUCCACAGAGUCUGUGAAGUCCACGGUCUCUGAAACCUAUCUGAGUAAGCCCAGCAUCGCCAAGAGAAGAGCCAACCAGCAGGAGACCGAGCAGUUCUACUUCAUGAAACUCAGAGAAUAUUUGGAGGGUAGUAAUCUCAUCACAAAACUUCAAGCCAAGCAUGACUUGUUGCAGAGGACGCUUGGAGAAGGUCAUAGAGCUGAAUAUAUGACUACAAGGCCUCCAAAUGUUCCCCCUAAGCCCCAGAAACACAGGAAGUCCAGACCCCGCUCACAGUAUAAUGCUAAGUUGUUUAAUGGGGAUUUGGAAACAUUCAUCAAGGACUCAGGACAGAUCAUCCCCCUCAUUGUGGAAAGCUGUAUUCGGUUCAUAAAUCUCUAUGGUCUUCAGCAUCAGGGAAUUUUCAGAGUGUCUGGUUCCCAGGUGGAAGUCAAUGAUAUUAAAAACUCAUUUGAGAGAGGUGAAAACCCUUUGGCUGAUGACCAGAGUAACCGUGAUAUUAACUCAGUUGCUGGCGUUCUAAAGCUCUACUUCCGUGGGCUGGAAAACCCCCUCUUUCCUAAGGAAAGAUUUAAUGAUCUGAUUUCUUGUGUCAGAAUAGAUAAUCUCUAUGAGAGGGCACUUCACAUCCGCAAACUACUCCUGACCUUGCCCAGGUCGGUCCUUAUAGUGAUGAGGUACCUCUUUGCCUUCCUCAAUCAUCUUUCACAGUACAGUGAUGAAAACAUGAUGGACCCUUAUAACCUGGCCAUCUGUUUUGGCCCUACCUUGAUGCCUGUCCCAGAGAUACAGGAUCAAGUGUCCUGCCAGGCUCAUGUGAAUGAGAUUGUCAAAACCAUCAUCAUCCACCAUGAGACUAUUUUCCCAGAUGCUAAAGAGCUGGAUGGCCCUGUUUAUGAGAAAUGUAUGGCUGGAGACGAGUAUUGCGACAGCCCAUACAGUGAGCACGGUACGCUGGAGGAAGUGGAUCAGGACGCUGGUACAGAGCCACACACCAGUGAAGACGAAUGUGAGCCAAUAGAAGCGAUAGCCAAGUUUGACUACGUUGGGCGGUCUGCCAGAGAAUUGUCCUUCAAGAAGGGUGCUUCCCUACUGCUGUAUCACCGCGCAUCGGAGGACUGGUGGGAAGGAAGGCACAACGGGAUUGACGGGCUUGUGCCCCACCAGUACAUCGUGGUGCAGGAUAUGGAUGAUACAUUUUCAGACACUCUGAGCCAGAAAGCCGACAGCGAGGCCAGCAGUGGGCCGGUAACUGAAGACAAGUCUUCAUCCAAGGACAUGAACUCCCCAACAGACCGACACCCUGAUGGCUAUUUAGCCAGACAAAGAAAAAGGGGAGAGCCACCCCCUCCAGCAAGGCGUCCUGGCCGGACCAGUGAUGGCCAUUGCCCCCUCCAUCCCCCACAUGGUCUUUCCAACUCCUCAAUUGACCUGGGGUCCCCAAGCCUGGGCAGUCAUCCCCGGGGCCUGCUGCAGAACCGUGGCCUCAACAACGACAGUCCUGAGAGGAGGCGUCGGCCAGGCCACGGCAGCCUGACCAACAUCAGCCGCCAUGACUCCCUCAAGAAGAUCGACAGCCCUCCUAUUAGAAGGUCCACUUCAUCAGGGCAAUACUCAGGCUUCAACGACCACAAGCCGCUGGACCCAGAGACAAUCGCUCAGGAUAUCGAAGAGACGAUGAACACUGCUUUGAAUGAACUCCGAGAACUGGAGAGACAGAGUACAGCAAAGCAUGCCCCCGACGUGGUGCUGGACACCUUAGAACAAGUGAAAAACUCUCCCACCCCCGCCACCUCCACGGAAUCGCUCAGCCCUUUGCACAACGUUGCCCUCAGGAGCUCAGAGCCUCAGAUCCGUCGGAGCACUAGCUCCUCCAGUGACACGCUGAGUACUUUCAAGCCUGCGGUGGCACCCAGAAUGGGCGUGCAGCUGAAGCCCCCAGCCCUUCGGCCGAAACCUGCUGUUCUUCCAAAAACAAACCCGACCGUGGGACCCGCCCCGCCUUCCCAAGGUCCAGCAGACAAGUCCUGCACUAUGUAACACCCAACUGAGCGUGGCCAUCUGGGGUGACGAUUAAAGAGAGAAGACGGAUUAGUGACAAAAGUCAACAAUCCAUAACGUGCGUUAGUCGUGUGCUUAUAACUGGAGAUCUUUUGGCUUUUCUAUGUUCUCGAAUGUAAUGUCUAAGAUUAGCUAAAUUAACACGGGCAUUUGUAUUUUGUAAUUUCUUUUUUUUUUUUAAUAACUGGACAUAUGCCAUUUUAAAGACAAUAGAAACACUUAGACUUACUUGAAAAUCCAAUGCUGCACCGUUUGUAAUGAACACAGCACCGCUCUGCCCUGCACACUGCACAGUGCUUCAGGCUUAGUGUAGCCCGGUGAGUCAGAAACACCGGCCUCUCAAGGCAGGAGAAUCUAAGUAAGUGCCAGGCCCUGGAGUGUAGCCUGUGUUGGUCGGUGGCACUUGGGGUGAGGCUGAAAGGUGACAAUGGUAUUGUUUAGUAGCUGACAGUGAGUACCUCUGAUCUCAUGCAGCGGGGCUGAGACCAGCCCUUGCUGCAUACUUGCUGUUGUCACAGUGGGCUGUUCCCAGUGGGAUUUGCAGCCCACUGCCCAAAUGGGUAGGAUUGUCUGAUUCCUAACAGUUAAAUCUUAGCAGGGGGGCGCUAGAACCUCUGCAGUUACUGCGCCAACUAAAUCUGGCAAAGAGGAGGGGGACAGUCCUCCAGAGCUCCUGCUGGACUCUUUCCCUGAGCCUGAUCAGGCCCCAGGAGGGUUUCCAAGUUCAUCCGCUGCAUUUAGCACAGACUAGAACAGUCUAAUUUUCAAGACUGUCUGGUUACCCUAUUCUAUCCACUCCUUCAGAGAUCUGUUGUUGCCUAGAAAAUAACUUCCAGCUCCCAUGAAGCCCUGUGUUUGCCUCUUCAGCAAUGGAGAAAGUGCUUGGUUCACCUGGCCUUCUCUUCCCCUGACUAGAGGAUCUGGGUUCCCCUAAACAUGCUGCAGAGGCCUGUUGAUCCUAAAUUGAAUCCCCAGCUUCCCUCGCCAGCUGUCUCUUCAAGCUGUGGUCUGGUAAGAGCCAGACCAAGGCGGGAAGACAACCCCAUGGUUCCACGAUGAUCUCCUCCCAGUUGUUCAGCCUGGAACCAGGGCUUGCUUUGUUUUUUCCCAGCUGGUCUGUACAUCACUCACAUAAUCAGCUGCAAUCCAUCGGGAUCCUCUUUCUCUGACAUCUCUGACCCAUAGACAGUUUUUCUUUAGCCCAUAUUUAUGCUCUGUUUCCCCUCUAUCUUAAAAAGAAUACCUUGAACUCAAUUUGCUUUUUUCUAUGGUACAGAUCACCGCUGUUCUAUCAGCAGCCACUUAGACCAUCUGCAAGCCUUUUAUCUACUCUGUCACUGAACUUAUUGAUGAAGAGGGUUUGUUUGUUUGCUUUGGGGGUUUUUCCCCCCUAAAAAUGGAUAGCCAGAACUAAUCCCUCUGGACCACUUUGAUUUUAAACUGGCAACCAAUCGCAUGCCCACCUAAGAGUUACAGUAUGGACUUUGAUUUCUCAGCUCAAUGGGGAAUCCAUCAAUGUGAAAAAAAAUGGGGAUCUGUACUAAAAUCAAGAUCGUUACUUUGAUCUCUACCUCAGUUUGCCAGUCUGAUCAUUCUAAUGCAAAGAGAGGUUUUAUUUAUGAGGUAUUGUUACCUUUGAAAGUCACACUGCUGGUUGCUUGCCUGCAGCCUGAUUUCACAAAUGGACUAAAAAGUGAAAAAAAUUACUUCAGGUAUUUCCAGGUAUUGUAAACCUCUGAAUUUUUGCAACCAUCCUUUUUGCCCAUUUUGAUAAAGAGACCCAGCUCAGCAUCUUGUGCAACCCUCCCAACCUUUUCCUUGAGCUUUAUUAGUCUUUCAGCACCUUUGGAAACCAUGGAAACCCAGCCAGGACUGAGCUCUGAGUAGCACCAACCCUUCUGGACAAUCUUCCCAAAUGUCUGGAACAUUGAAACUUUUAAGAAUAAUCUCCCAGUUCUUUCUCGAUUCCACUUUGGUCUCUUGAUUCUCUAUUGUCCAAUAGGGAAACAGAAACAGAGAAAGGAGUGGAAGUAAUUGUGGAGGAAACUUUAAAUCUUUUAGCAAUUAAAAUAAAGAUUCUUAUAAAACCACUUCCUUAUUUGAUGGACGAGACAUCAAAAGAGAAGAGGUGUUUUGAACUUACUCAUUUGGGGAGGGUUCUUGUACAAGCUUUAACUUAAGUGUUCCAGCUCUUGCUCGUGCAACACCAUUUCUUCAGACUUCCUGGUAACCUUCCCCAGUGUCUCGUCCCUUUGGUGUUGACACCUGUGAUGGAAUGAGGACUGCCUUUCCACCCUCCACAUCAGGACUCUGCUGCCUUGGAAGGCAGAGGACACGCUGCUCCAGACCUCAGAGCCUCAGAGGCUGUGCCUUCUUCCAGGAAACAGCUCCUAACACUCUCCCAUCACUCCCUUUCUUUACCUGUCUCUGUCUUCUCUCUAUUACUCUGUUGUCACCUGAGGCUUUCUUUCCCUUCAAUUCCCAGGAAAGGACGUGACCUCAGAGUGAGUAAGGACUCACUCAGGACUCACUUAUCCUUACUAGUAAAAGUCUAAGAUUCCAAGGAUGAGACAAGGUGGCCCCUUCACAAAGGAUCAAAAAAAAAAAAACACCCAAUGAGUUCCUUCAAGGGUUUACCUGCAAGCGGUCCUCUUGACAGCCACAAGUGUAGCCCACAGUGGGGAAGUGGGAAGGCACAAGGAAUGGGAAGAGAAGAAAGAAAAUAAGUUCCUAAAAGGUUACACCCCGGCUUUAGGAACCUUAUCAUAGAUCCUCAUGUGCAGUCUGGGAAGUGAGUCAUUUUGGUGAUGGGUAAAUGAAGUUCUACAAAGAUUGCCUGACUCCACUUACACAAGAAUAUGUAUUCACAGCUGAUAUAACUGAAUGUUCACAUCCCAUCCAUAGAACUCACUUGAGUAGAUUUACCAAAUUGGCCUUUGGGUUUGGGUGAGGAUGCUUGCAGUGAAUCAUUAGCAUAGAGUGAGUGGUUCUUAAAACAUAUUUUCUGAUGAGUGUUCUGUAAAUUAUUUCAGUUUGUUGAAUGGCCCUUUGUAGAGCUCCAUGUUCAAGUUGGGCAUGUCAUUGUUUAACAAUUUUGCACGUUUUCACACAAUGUAAUCUGACUUUGAUGCCUCUUGAGCAAUCCGUAGAAUAAUGUACAGCAGGGUCCCACUUAAUCUACUGAAAUGAAUAUAAGCAGUGAUCAAUGGAUAUAGAGCACCAAGGGUCAAAUUGUAUGAGUUCUCUGUCUGUUCUUUUGCCAUUCCCAAAAAUGGGUUCAUAAUUUAAUUAAGAAAAAGGAAAAAAAAAAAAAAACCAGGGACAUGGAGGUCUCCUUAGUAUUCGGGAAUGAGACAUAGCCUCUAGGGUCUAUGAACUAAAGAAACUUUAGUUUGGUAAUUACAGUCUCUGAAAUCCAAAGUUUAAGAGCCUAUGGUUCUGUUGGGUUUGGAAGACUUCAGAUUUGGGAUGUCAUUCCUGACCACAGUAAUGAGAGACCAUGAAUGCAAGCAAUGUGCUGGGGGCUGAGUCUUGGCUCUGAGUUACUUCCCAUAGAGACUUGGAACUGUGGGGCAGCUUAGAAGUGAAGACUCUUCCCACAGAGCUCCCUAAUGGAGGCUAGCACCUGAACUAAAAGCCAACCUCCAGCUGGGCUGGGGUGUCAGGCGUGGAGCAGGGUGACUCUGGCACAGCUUUGUUCAGAUCAAUAAAACAAACUGGAAAUUGAGCUUUCACUUACCCACCCUAGUAUACUUUCUUUAAAAAAAAUAGAGUCUGUAUUAUAAUCAAAAUGGUACCUGUAUCUUAAAAUUACGUAGGGAAUUUUAUAUGUUUCAAUAAUUGUACUGGGUUCCAUAAUGCUUAUCUUAGAAACUGUUUAGUAAAAGAAAAUAUAUAAGCCGUGCAUUUGUGAAUGCCCCCCUUUAGAACAUUCAUCCAAGUUCGAUGUAUAGUGUGAUGGUUAUUAUAGACGUUUAAAGUAUAGUAAGUGGCUGUGUGACAGGAGAGACUGCUAUUUACCUAUUGACGUAAGAGUUAACUCCUGCCCACGUAAUUAAAUCAGUAUUGUCCUUCCCUGUUGGUUUGAUCAGUUGCAGUACUGGUGGCUUCCUGCUUGUGACUGUUACCUAAUCGUGUCAAUGUACAUCUGUAGUAUGUACAUGUGAAAGUGCCUUUCUAUUUUAGAGGAGUCUUAGCCUUGCUCUUUACUGUUGCCCCACACCCAGUUCCUCGCCCACUCGAGUGUUUUGAAGCUUAACUCCCCUGUCUCCCAGCGUCUUCGCCAUGCCCGCCUUCCUAUGCCUCGGUGCUCAGUACUGUCCAGUCUUGCGUCCUCAUCCGUCAUGGUCAGUCAUGGUCAUCAGACAUCGUUUUCCUCUUAGCCGUGACUGUGCCUUUCCCUCCCUACAGUCACUCUCUGGGUCCCCGAAACCUCACCCUCCUCCCUCUCCCACUCACGUGCUGCUGAUGGCCAUCCUGCCCUCCUGGGCUCUGUACUGCCUCUUACCAUGACAUUUCCUUGUCUCUGAGGUGAAAGUAGAGGGGGAUGCUUUUCUAGUUCUGGAAGGGAAAAAAAAAUGUUUUGUUGAUCUGUUGUGACAAUGCACUUUUCUGUAUAGUACUGUACAUUUUCGCAUGUACCAUUCCAGGCUUCAGUAUCCAGUCAGGUCUGUUCUUCACGGUGUAUCUUUAUAAUAAAUAAGAUAGUGCUGGC